AUGCUAUAUUCAUCAUUAGUUUCUCGAUUAAUUGGUGUACCACCAGAUGGUCAAUUAACAGAAGCUAUUCGACGACAACCUUAUGCUGUUAUUUUAUUUGAUGAAGUUAAAAAAGCACAUCCACAAAUUUGGAAUACUUUAUUACAAGUUUUAGAUGAUGGUCGACUUACUGAUGGAAAAGGUCGAACAGUUGAUUUUACAAAUACAAUAAUUGUAUUAACAUCAAAUAUUGGUGCACAAUAUAUUUUAGAAGAAGUUGAAAAUCCAUCAUCAACUGGAAAACAUUUCGAUGGAAAAUUAUCUCAAAUAAUCAAAGAUCGUGUUAUGAAAGAAGUCAAAAAAACAUAUAUAAGAGGUUAA